AUGACGUCUUCUCUCACCAAGCAUCGCAAGCUACACGCGGGCCACUCUUCGUCAUCCUGCUCAGAGUGCGGGAAAGGCUUUACGACCAAAUCGGAACUUCUUCUACAUCAGAGAGGUCACAGCGGUCAGAAGAUCUUUUCUUGCUCGGAGUGCGAAAAAACUUUCUUAGCAAAAUCCCAACUCGUCAUACACCAGAGAGGUCACACCGGUGAAAAGCCUUUUCCCUGCUUAGAGUGCGGGAAAUUCUAUGCGAAUAAAGGGAACCUCAAUAUCCACAUGAAACUCCAUACUGGUGUGAAGCCAUUUUCCUGUCUAGAGUGCGGGAAGCGUUUUGCUAAGAAAGGAGAACUUCAUCGACACCAGAGGAUUCACACCGGAGAACGCCCCUAUUCAUGCUCCGAGUGUGGGAAAUGUUUUGUACGAAACGAACACCUUCGUACGCACCAGAGGAGUCACACUCCUGGCGAGCAACCUUUCUCAUGCCCGGAGUGCCAAAAAUGCUUUACCAACAAAGGAAACCUCAACGCCCAUUUAAAAAUCCACGCGGGCGGAAAGCCAUUUUCCUGUUUGGACUGCGGGAAAUGUUUCACCGAGAAAGGAAGCCUUGACAAACACAAGAGAACUCACACCGGCGAGCGUCCCCAUUUGUGCCCCGAGUGA